AUGUACAACAAACUGUGCAGACCAUCACAAGAUUCAAUUCCGUCGAGAAAUCGAACCAUAACUUUUUCUUACGAUUAUGAAUAUUUUAGUAUUUGCCAGGUCCAAUCGAGUAAUACAUCGAUUCUUCUUUCAUUACUUAAGUAUAUUUCACGCAGAAGACACAAUAUGCAAGCAUCGGGUUCUUCAUCUAUGUUCGUCUUUACGUUUACAUUUCGACUUUUAUGCAUUAUUUGUUGCAUUAUUGCUGUAACGUCAUACAAAAUCAGCUAUCGUCCUUCAAUUGGCGAAGAUCGAAACGAACGGGCUGUAACUGAAUGGCGUUUUCGUCGAAAUUUUUUGCUUCGCCAUCCUUAUCUGGUGCCAGUUCAUCCCGAGAACCUUAUGGAAAAUGUUGAAAAAAAUGAUUAUGGCCAAUUUGACGAAACGAAGUCACAUGAAAAACAGUUCAUUAUUCCUCAACUGGCUCGUCUUCGAAGUGAACGCAAAAAAUAA